AUGCAACAGCUGAAUAACGUGUUGUGGAUUGCGGAUGAGGUGCAGACGGGGUUGGCUCGGACUGGCCGGCGACUGGCUGUAGACCACGGGGGCGUUCGUCCAGAUUUGGUGAUUCUGGGCAAAGCUCUCUCUGGGGGAGUUUACCCUGUGUCUGCAGUGCUGUGUGAUGAUGAGAUUAUGCUGACCAUCAAGCCCGGGGAACACGGGUCCACAUAUGGAGGAAACCCUGUGGCCUGUCGUGUUGCUAUUGCAGCGCUGGAGGCCAGUGUUAAAGUUUAUUCAUACUUAUUUGUGCUAGUAUUUAGUAAACUGACAACUAACCACUAAGCUAAAAAUGCAAUAAGGUGCAAAUAUCAUAGCACAUAUUCAAAU